CUCGAUUGUUUCUCACUGUCUGCGCCCGAAGCGUCAUCAGCCAGCAAUUUUCAAUUCGGCAUUUUUUUUUGUUUUGUAGACGCCUAGCCUGCUGCGCACCCAAUUACAUUAAUCUGAAAAUGCAGCCACGCCAUCCUUUCCUGUCGGCUUUGCUCUUUCAGCUUCGCGGCACAGCCAGAGGAAAUUUGGCUGUACCGAAAACACCGUCUGCAACGAACUCUCUUGCCUUCAAUCGCGCCUUUAGAUCCUCCGCACCGCACACGCCGAUUCUCCAGCGACGGGUGACCUUUCCUCAAUGGAAGCAGGCUCACGGUACUAGGAGCGGCACUAUACUUUAUAAUCCUUACCGACCUCAAAAACCAUUCCGCCGGUUCUUCCAGUCGUCCCGCGCAAGACACGCGGCGCAAUCACCAAAAUCAGGCACUUCAUUGUCGCAGCGGUUGCGCAACCUCUCGAAGGAGUAUGGCUGGUCCGCCUUGUGGGUAUAUCUGCUAUUGUCAGCCAUGGACUUUCCGAUUUGUUUUGCCGCUGUUCGCCUGCUGGGUGUAGAGCGAAUCGGAUACUAUGAGCACGUCAUUUUCGAGUCUGUCAAGGGGGCGGUGGAUGCUGUCUGGCCGACCAAGCAGGGUGCCAACGCAGACUCGGAACAGAACAAGAGCUUGACAACCGACACGGGCUCUCAGGAGAGUGCGGCACAGGCGCAAGGUAACGGCGAAAAUGCCAGUCUAUGGACUCAACUUGCACUUGCCUACGCGAUUCACAAGAGUCUCAUCUUCAUCCGAGUACCCUUGACAGCAGCCAUUACCCCCAAAGUUGUCAAAACUCUGCGACAUUGGGGCUAUAAUAUUGUCAAAGGCAGACCGAGGGGUAUGUAAGAUCCUGUGGUUUCUUGUGGACGUCAGUCGGACUGGCGAAUACACAAGACCACGUCGUUUCCUCUGCUUCACAGUGUUUGGUCAUGCUAGAUAUCAUAUGAUAGAUAUUUGUACACUAUCUGGUAUAUUUAAUCAGAAGAUUCCCCACUUCAAACAUCGAGCUAUCAACAUU